AUGUGGAGAAAAAGAAGCUUGAAGAGCAGUGGGAAGUUGGCCAGGGGAGCAGCUACUGCUCGGGGAAAGGCUGGGCAUGGGUUGGGACCCAAGGAGUUUAAAAAGGACAAAGAAGCAGUGGAGGGUGUGUCUGUGGGAGCUAUUCUUUCUGACUACCAGAGAGUUCGAGUUGAAGAUGUAUGCAGAAGACUUAAUCUUCAACCUUUAGCUUACCUUUGGCGUCGGAGGGAAGAAAUAUUGCUUAAAGAAAUGAUAUCAUCUAACAUUGAAGCCAUAAUCAUAAAAGUGGCAGCUUUUGGUUUAGAUCCAGAUAAGCAUCUUGGAAAAACAUUGGAUCAAAUGGAGCCUUAUCUUUUGGAGGUUUCUGAGAAAUAUGGUGUCCACAUUUGCGGAGAAGGUGGAGAAUAUGAAACAUUCACUCUGGACUGCCCUCUAUUUAAGAAGAAAAUAGUUGUAGAUUCGGCAGAAGUGGUUAUGCAUUCAGCUGAUGCAUUUGCACCUGUGGCCUACCUUCAUUUUCUGAAAAUGCACCUGGAGAAUAAGGAGAAAUCUUCAGAUACAUUUCUGGCCAAUAGCUGCUCUUGUGAAGUAAUCUGCAACAAUAGUGAUAUUUUACCUUCUUCAGAACUGGAUGAAAAACAGAAUAUCAGUCCAAUCAUCUGGAAGGCUUUGAAACAAAAUUCUUUGGAUUUCAGUAAGACAUUUGGAAGUUCAGGGAGAUCUGUGUCUGGUUACCAAUGGUUUUCAUGCAUCACUGCACACUUUCAUCCAUCAAAAGACAAAAAUGCUCAAGAGGCAGCAAGGGAAGCAUUUUCGUCUCUCCAAGGUGAUUUUUUCAGAUAAUCCAUUAUCAGCUAC